AUGCUCACCAAACCAGACAAAGCAAAAAACAAUAAGUACAGACUAACAUUACUCGUGUCCCCUGUAAGGGAACAAAACCCCUUUAACAAAGGAGAUCUACUCGUGAAACAGCAAAUUACGGAACCAUUUGCAAUUGAGGAAAAAUCAGAAACUUCUGAAAAGGGUAAAGUUAUGGCUCUUUCUACUAUUACCUCAGAACUGGCUUCAUUCAUCAUGUUCAUUGCCAUCGGAUCGCAUAACUCGUCCGUGUUACCAACAAAACCCACUUGA